UUCCAAGCUGCAGACUGCAGCCUCCAUGCCGCUCGCCCCGCGCCGACGCCGCCAAAACCCUCCCCAAAACCUCCGACAGUCGCCGCCCACCUCCCAAAGAUGCCGCCCAGGCCGGCGAGGCGGGCGUUCCAGUACAUCUCCUCGCCCCGCAGGCCUCCGCCGCCGUCCCCGCUGCCCGCGGCGCCCGCCGCUGGCGAGGGCCUGGCCUCCGAGGCCGACGCCGACUCGGUCUACAACGUCGUCACGGCCGCUCCCACGCCGUCGGCCAUGGAGUCCGCGCUCGCCGCCUCCGCCGUCCCGCUCUCGGCCCCGCUCCUCGACCUCGUCCUCCGCCGCUUCCGCUUCGCCCACGGGGACCCGCUCCGCGCGCUCUCGCUCCUCUCGCUCGCCGCCGACCGCUGCGGCGUCGCGCCCUCCCCCUUCGCGCUCGACACGGCUCUCUACGUGCUCGGCCGCGCCCGCCGCUUCUCCCACAUGUGGGACCUCGUGCGGUCCAUCCACCGGCUCUGCCCCGACGCCAUCACCGCGCGCACCGCCAUGGUCGUCCUCGGCCGCGUCGCCAAGAUCUGCUCCGUUCGCGAGACCGUCGCCUCCUUCCGCCGCCUCUUGCGGCUCUUCCGCGGCCGCGACGGCACGGACUCGGCCGACCUCUUCAACGCGCUGCUCCGCACGCUCUGCCAGGAGAAGAGCAUGUCCGACGCGCGCAACGUCUACCACGCGCACAAGCACGAGUUCCAGGUGAACCGCCACACCUUCAACAUCCUGCUCUCCGGGUGGAAGUCUUCGGAGGACGCCGAUGCGUUCUUCGCAGAGAUGCGGGAGCACGGGAUCGAUCCUGACUUGGUCACCUACAACUCUUUGAUUGAUUGCCACUGCAAGAACGGAGGCGUGGAGAAGGCCUACAAGCUGCUCGAUGAAAUGCGGGGGAACGAAAUUGCCCCCGAUGUGAUCACGUAUACGAGCUUGAUUGGCGGACUGGGACUGAUUGGCCAGCCAGACAAGGCUAGAGACCUGCUGAAGGAGAUGCGUGAGCUUGGAUGUCACCCGGAUGUGGCGGCGUACAAUGCCACAAUACGGAACUUUGUUAUAGCAAAGAGGCUUGGUGACGCGUUUGCGUUGAUGGACGAAAUGGCCUCAAAGGGACUGAUGCCCAAUGCCACGACAUAUAACCUUUUCUUCCGGUUCUAUUACUGGGCGUAUGAUAUUGGUAGCGCGUGGCUGUUGUAUGAGCGGAUGCGGUCUGAAAGAUGCUUCCCCAACACGCAGUCUUGCAUGUUUAUCAUUAGGUUAUGUCAUCGGCAUGGUAAGGUGGCAGAAGCACUAGAGCUGUGGGGUGAUAUGGUCGAGAACGGGUUUGGGUCAUUCACCUUGGUGUCAGAUGUUUUGUUUGACCUGUUAUGUGACGAGGGGAAGCUGGAGGAGGCUGAGAGGUGCUUCCAUCAAAUUACUGAUUUGGGGCAGAAACCCAGCAGCGUUUCGUUUAGAAGAAUCAAGAUACUUAUGCAGCUUGCCAAGCGGGAAGAAUCUAUUGCCGGAUUAACUGAGAAAAUGGCUAAGUUUGGACGGCUGCCACCUGAGGAUUGCCAAAGCGUUCGUCGCCCUGCUGAAAGCACACCCGAUGGAGAUGAUACUGAUGUAAUAAUAGCAACUUAGCAAGUUAUUCAUACGACGGGGAACAAUAUUUGAUGACCACAAGUUUGGCUGACCAGGGAAAUAAUUGAAUGGUUCUGAAGAGUUCACUGUACUAUUAUCCUGUGGAGGUAUUGAAAAUUCCGGAUGUUACUGGGUGACAAUCGAUUUAUUUUGCCAGAUUAUUGUCACUAUCAAUAUAUUACUUUCCAGCA